AGUAAAACAACAGAUAAAAUAUUUUAGUUUCAUUCCAUUUUAAAGAUCCAAUCCAAAGAAUGUCUCCAAAGCAAAUAAAGUGUGACACAAAAAUAAACUAAUAAUAACAAACAGGGCUAAUCCCAUUCCGAAAUUCCUAUAUUGUAAUAUUUUUAUUUCAAAAGUCCCUGUUUUAAAAAAAUUACCUUUCCGGUCUCUGCUUGUCAUUUUUGCAACUUUGAUGUCCUUUUUUCCGGUUUCUCUAUUCAUAAUUUUGUUUUUCUAAUCAUCGUAAAGAGCACGAAAAUUGCAAAAAUUGCAAGUAGAAGAACCGGAAAGGUAAGUUUUUUGAAAAAAAAAGGUUUCGCGAAUAAAAAUGAUAAAAUAGAGGGACCCAGGAUGAAUUUUACCUAACAGAAAGUUAAAAUUGAUUAGGAUAAAUGAUUUGCUAAUUCAGUUAUGUACUCUAUAUCACAAACUCUUGUAGAUCAAUUCUAACAAUCUGAUAAGAUAAACCAGAGAUAGACCUGCAUACAAACUCUUAAACAACUGAGUUUAACCAAAAAAAGUGCACGUAAUAGUUUUUAAUGACCAUUUGUCGAGCUCUAUAACUUUAAAAAACAGCCUCACUAUUUGACCAUUUGUUGCACACACACUGACUCAUUUCUGCAAACAAUAUCUCAUCCUGAUUCUGCCCAUCAAUUCCAUUUCAAUAUAAAAUAAAUCAAUCAGCAGAAUAAAAUAACAGAUUCCAAGAAAACAGGGGAUCAAGAAACAGAAAAAACAGUGCUAAAAAUAUUGUUUUUGUUCUUGUUCUUGAUCUUUAUUUUUGGUUUCAAGAAAUGGUUCUUCCAUCUCAUAUAAAUGGAGAUUCCAAGGCCGUUCUUGAUUCGGGAGCUGCACGACUCAAGGAGCUUGGCUACAAACAAGAACUCAAGCGUGACCUUUCGGUGUUUUCGAACUUUGCGUUUUCGUUUUCGAUCAUUUCGGUGUUGACUGGGAUAACCACCUUGUAUAGCACUGGGUUGAAUUUUGGUGGCCCGGUUUCAUUGCAGUAUGGGUGGUUUAUUUCUGGUUUGUUUACUAUGGUUGUUGGGUUGUCAAUGGCUGAAAUUUGCUCUUCUUUCCCAACUUCUGGUGGUUUAUACUACUGGAGUGCUAAGCUUGCUGGCCCCAGAUGGGCCCCUUUUGCUUCUUGGAUUACUGGCUGGUUCAACAUUGUUGGUCAGUUUGCUGUCACAACAAGUAUCGAUUUCUCCCUUGCACAGUUAAUUCAGGUGAUCAUUCUACUUAGCACAGGUGGAAAAAACGGAGGCGGAUAUGAGGCAUCAAAGUAUGUAGUUAUUGCUAUACAUGGAGGACUUCUACUAGUACAUGCCUUACUAAAUAGCCUUCCUAUCUCAGUGUUAUCUUUUGUUGGACAACUGGCUGCUGCUUGGAAUCUUGUUGGUGUUAUAGUUCUUACAAUUCUCAUUCCUUGUGUUGCAACUGAAAGGGCUAGUGCCAAGUUUGUUUUCACACAUUUUAAUACGGAUAAUGGCGACGGAAUCAGUAGCAAAGCGUAUAUUUUUGUCCUCGGCCUUCUGAUGAGCCAGUAUACCCUUACUGGGUAUGAUGCAUCUGCUCAUAUGACCGAAGAGACAAAGGAUGCUGAUAAGAAUGGUCCUAGAGGAAUAAUCAGUGCCAUUGGGAUCUCUGUUAUAUUUGGAUGGCUUUACAUUGUUGGUAUCACCUUUGCUGUUACCAACAUCCCUAACCUUUUGAGUGAAAAUAAUGAUGCUGGUGGUUAUGCCAUUGCUGAAAUAUUUUACCAAGCCUUCAAGAGUAGAUACGGAAGUGGCGCUGGCGGAAUUGUUUGCUUAGGAGUGGUUGGUGUUGCCAUAUUCUUCUGUGGUAUGAGCUCUGUAACUAGCAAUUCUAGGAUGGCAUACGCGUUCUCCAGAGACGGAGCCAUGCCAUUCUCUUCGCUUUGGCACAAAGUGAACAACCAGGAUGUUCCUAUAUAUGCUGUUUGGCUCGGUGCAUUUGUAUCCUUUUGCAUGGCACUAACGUAUCUCGGAAGCGAGGUGGCAUUCCAGGCCAUGGUAUCCAUAGCUACCAUAGGACUGUAUAUCGCUUACGCCUUGCCAAUCUUCUUCAGAGUGACCUUGGCACGCAAAUCAUUCACCCCAGGACCAUUCCAUUUGGGUCGCUACGGCGUCAUUGUUGGCUGGAUUGCAGUUCUAUGGGUGGUAACCAUCUCAAUCCUCUUCUCAUUGCCUGUAGCAUACCCCAUUACCAACGAAACACUCAACUACACUCCGGUGGCAGUCGGAGGCUUGCUCAUCCUUACGGUUUCUACGUGGAUCCUGAGCGCUCGGAAGUGGUUCAAAGGUCCUAUAACCAAUGUAGACAGCUGAAGUAGAUAAAGCUAUUUUCAUUCUUAGGAACCACAUUAUACAUUUCAUGUAGUGUAGUAGUAGUUUGUUCUAGUUUAUAGUGAUAUUUUCAGCUGUAGCUAUUUGCUAUUGGAAAAAUUAAUUUAUCAUUGAAUCAAAAGAGCUUAAAUUUUUA